ACAGUCUGUGUGUAAAUUUAAAAAUAUGGCGACUGUUCGGGACAGUGACACCAGUCUUUGGCUGCACAAUAAACUCGGUGAUAAUGACGAUCUUUGGUCUGGAAUCACGAGUAUAAGCACUCAACUUCAUCAGGAUGUUCUGAGGAAUACACAUGAUUGCUUUCAAACCCUUAACCCAACUGUAAAACUCAAACUUUUGAUGGCCAUUCUUCACAUGCCUCUGCGAAAAGUAGAAGAAUGCAAAGAAGAGCUGAGUGGUAUCCUCCAUCAAGCCCUGGCAGAUACAGAUGAAUGGGUUGUGACGGUAGCGGAUAUCCUGAGAUCGUAUCCCGACUCCGGGCAGCUCAAUCUGGAGCUGGAGGAAAGUCAUCCGUUCUUGGCAGAAGCUUUACAUGAACUACGCAAAACCUUGGCUACGACAGACACUAACUCGUUAUUACCCAUGGAAUGUAUGUAUCUCAACAAGAAUGCCCUCAAUCAACUGGUUGGAAUGCAGGCUCCGCCCGUCAAACAUUUCACACUCAAGAGAAAACCAAAGUCUGCUGCUCUCAGAGCUGAACUGCUACAGAAAUCACUAGAAGCUCAGCAGCAGCAGAAGAAACCUAUGACACCCACACACAGCAGUAAGAUUAGAGGAGGAUUCAGGGGUAUUGAUGAUAUUCCUUUGAAGAGUACUCCUAAGGCCAGUCCAAGCUUCCGAGCCUCUCAGUCUCCAGCCUUCAAUCGAAGCCUUCCGCUGAAUAGACAACACGGCAGACUGUCCCUCAACAGAGAGGGAGGCACCAAGCUUCUGGAUAUCAAGGAGCAACCCAUUGGUGGAAGCUCUCGAGAAGCAAAGAGGAGAAAGAAACAAGCAGAACAAGAAGCAGCUGAACAAGCAAAGAAGGAGAAGGAAGCUGCAAUGCAACAGACUCCAGACUAUGCUGUUGCUCUCAUGUCACCUGCUGUCAAUAAGCCAGCAAAUGUUCCCACAACUCAAGCACCAGCGACCCCUCAACCUGCUACCCCAUCCUAUGUACCGAUAGUGGCGCUAGCGAAGCCUCCAACGCCUUCUCCUCUACUAGGAGCAUUAGGUCAACCAUCGGGCACUGCUGCUGCCAGGGAGAACCUCUCACAACAGCUCCAACAGUCACUUCAGCAACAAACCCAGUUCCGCACUCCCGGUGCCGCCACCACCACCACCAUCAUCAGCCAGGCGCCAAGCACCGCCACUGCACCACCAAGCACCAACCCUACACCGCCUGCACCUGCUACCACCACCAGCGUCACUGAGAACCCAUAUGGAGCACCAAGCACCCUCACAGCACCCAGUACCAGCCUCGCUACCGCACCACAAGCACCGACACCAUUACAGGCUGCACCCUCUGCCACCAAGCCGGUACCAGCUGCUUCAGACGGUGUACUUCCUGCGCCCACAAUGCAGCCUCCUGUACCAGCUCAACCUCCCACUGGGCAGAAGAAGAACCUCUCUCUAACAAAAGAGCAAAUGCGAGCUGCUCAGGAGAUGUUCAGGCAAUCCAACAAAGUCACCAGGCCAGAGAAAGCUCUUAUUCUCGGAUUCAUGGCCGGAGCAAGAGAGAAUCCUUGUCCCCAGCAGGGUAGCAUCGUUACGAUCAGACUGAGUGAAGACGUAGAGGUCGUCCGUAGCAAUGAGACCAAGGAGGAGACUACCAUGUCCGUUGAUACCUUCUUUGAGAUGAACUAUACCACUGGAGAAUGGUGGCGCUACAAGAAGUACAAGCCGAUCGCAUCAUGAGGAGAAGAGCCGACAUGAACAGUUAUUUUAAAUCUCUCCCGAAAGAAAGAACUGUUGGUUGUAAUCCAAGUGUUAGAGAUGGACGUAGUAUGCAGAAAUGAAUGGUAAACAUGCUAUGUGGAAGCGUCAUGGUGUAGUGGUUCUGGUUCUAGUUUUUCAAUCAUAAGGUCGUGAGUUCAAAUCUCACACCAGGACGUUAAUUUCCUUCAGCAAGAAUUCAUCCACAUUGUGCUGCACUCCACCCAGGUGAAAUGAAUGGGGUCCUGGUAGGAAUUUAUUCCUUAAAACGCAGAGCGAGUGACAGCUGCUCUGCUACAGCCAGGGUAAUUAUGCUGCAUUAUUGUAGAGCGCAGAGACUUCUGAUAAAGUAAGUGUUAGGCACUAUAUAAGCACAUAUAAUUAUUAUAAGAAUCCUUGAAGCACGUGGCAUUGGACCUGUCAGCUACAGCUUUCCAGGGAGUGACUUUGUCAGGAGACUGUUCCUGGUCCAUGUACAGUCAUAAUGGGUCUGAAAUAAACAUUGUAUCCACUCCUUUAAAGCCCCUCUGCACUAGUUUGGCCAGGAGGGAUUAGACCUCCCUGCGUGGGCACUGGCAGGUGUUAAUCUCAUCAAUUCAGCUCUCAAUUAAUAUAAGAGAAAGGGGAUCAUAGGGGAUCAACAGGUACCGCUUAGGCAUUGUUAGCUAUAUAAAGGACGCAAGUAGCUACAAGUAGUGCAGUUCUGCUUUGAGGAGAAUAGAACCCAAUGAACAGCUGAUAAUGUACAGUAGAAAAGUCAGCCUAUUCCAAAAUAUUCUUUGGUUACUUAGUAAAGACAACACUUUCCUUCAAAGGGAAAUCCAACCAUAACAGCAAACUAAACUAGUAGAAAGCAAAAAAAUCAAACAGCAUACUGGUGAAACUGAGGAAGAAAUCAGACAGAAAUUAAGAAAGUUAUGAAUUUUUGAAAGUUGUAAUCACUUUACAUAUUGGGACUUAGAAUUGAUUGAAUCAGUAUUGUCACCAUGAUGUAGUACUGGACAACUUUCCCCUUUC